AGCCAAGGCUAGUAUCCAUCUUAUCCCAGUUCGGUACACUUGUCUCGAAAGAGUUCUGCAAUUAACAAAUAAUAGAUAUAACCUGCUCAGACUAGAAGCGGUCAUCACUUGUUCAAAUAUGAGGUUAAAGUUUGGACUUGGUAUAACCUUUGCGGUAGUAUCAAUUGUUGCUUCUCAGAGAGUGGCUGGCAGCUCAUGUCAGAAUCUCACCAGAGCAGAAUGCAAGGGCCUUGGUUAUAGUGAAACAGUUUUGCCCAACAUAUUCCAGCACAGAAUGCAAGAAGAAGCAAUAACUGCGAUGAAUAUAUUUUCACCACUCAUAGAACACCAGUGUUCACCAGAUGCAAGAUUCUUUUUCUGCAGUUUGUAUGUUCCUCAGUGCUCCGUAAGGGGGAUGAUAGUGUUGCCAUGUCGUAGUCUAUGUGAAACUGUGAAAUCAGACUGUCAGGGAAUCAUGACCCAGCACAGCCUAUCUUGGACAAGGAAUUUCACCUGUGAAAUGCUUCCCACAGAUUCCAGAGUCUGCGGAAGGUCUGGUGUCGGUUCGCAUGUCCAAGUGUCAUCAACUGGUUCCUCUGCUAUGUUCCCAGAACGGCAGAAAGAUGCAGUUUUACCCAGAAAACAUGAGAAUCUUGAUACCCAUUUUGGACUCCGUCAUUUACCUAGACCUCGUGGAAUACUGCAUGGAUAUGAAAGUGGAGUGUCCUUGCCAUCAGCUGGAGGGCUUUGUGAACCUAUAAGUGUACCGCUUUGUGAAGACCUUCCUUAUAACACAACAACGAUGCCCAAUUUUUUUAAUCACUCGACACAAAGUGAAGCUUCUGCAGACAUUAGACAGUAUAAGCAUCUAACAACGUUGGAAUGUUCCCCCGAUUUUAGAUUGUUUUUGUGUUCUUUGUAUUUUCCUAAGUGUCCAGAGAGUGGUACUAUUCAUUUACUUCCUUGCCGCGAUAUUUGCUUAGCAGUAAGAGACAGCUGUGGCGCUAUUAUGUCUAUUUUUGGUUUCAAGUGGCCAGACUGCUAUCAGUUACCUCUCCCAUCUCAUGGAGAACAGUGUAUCUCGAAAUUGAGUGAAAGGGACGUGGUUAUUUCUCCAUCAGCUUCAGUAAGAACAGAGAUAUCAUCAUCUUUAAAAACUGAUUCACAUGGAAAAUGUAAGAUGAUUACAAUACCUCUCUGUAAAGAUCUCCCAUAUAAAACCGUUUUGAACAAUACUAGCCAAGAGAUAGCAGAAAUGAAAGUUCACAUGGAUUUUCCUCUAUUAAAAAUGAACUUCUCAUUUGAACUUCAACUUUUUAUAUGCUCAGUUUAUAUUCCAGUCUGCACACGUGAAGAGUUACAUUACCCACCUUGCCAAAGCCUGUGUUACUUAGCUAAACGUACUUUUGAUGAAUAUAUAGGUAGUAAUAAUUCAUCUUGGCCAGACUCUUUACAAUGUAAUAGGUUUCCCAAAAUAUCCCCAGAUAUUCCUUGUGUUUUGGAUAGGACAGACAAUGACGUAAUAAUUUCUCCGGUGACUUCGAAAGGCUCAAAAGGAGACUGUCAGCCUAUUGUAGUACCACUCUGUCGAGAUCUCCCAUACAAUACCAGUUUCCCAAAUAUCUUCAAUCAUGAUGGUCAAGAAGAAGCAGGGCUGGAAAUUCACCAGUUUUAUCCAUUAAUAGAAAUACAAUGCUCUCUAGAUCUGCAGUUAUUUUUAUGCUCUGUAUAUGUUCCUGUUUGUAUAGAAAAGGAAGAACCAAUUCUUCCAUGCAGAAGUCUUUGUGAGUCGGCAAGACAUGGGUGUGAGGAACUCAUGGACAGAUUUGGUUUCUAUUGGCCAGAGUCUUUGGAAUGUGAUAGAUUUCCUGAACCUUCUUUUGAGCAGUCUUGUGUUUCACGAGUAACCGAAAGUGAAGUAAUCAUUUCUCCUUCACCUCCAUCAAUCAAUAUUCAACUUCCUGUGACUGGAAUUAGUUCAGUAAGAGAAUGUGAGCCUAUAUCAGUGCCACUCUGUCGAGAUCUCCCAUACAAUACCAGUUUCCCAAAUAUCUUCAAUCAUGAUAGUCAAGAAGAAGCAGGGCUGGAAAUCCACCAGUUUUUUCCUUUGAUAAAAGUACAUUGCUCUCUAGAUCUGCAGUUAUUUUUAUGCUCUGUAUAUGUUCCUGUUGUACAGAAAGGAAGAACCAAUUUCUUCCAUGCAGAAGUCUUUGUGAGUCAUCUAGACAUGGGUGAGGACUCAUGA